GAGAGAGAGAGAGAGAGAGAGAGGGGGAUGAUCACGCCUGAGUGGGUUCCUGAGCGAGCGAGGGAUCAGUGAACGAGUGCGGCAGUGAGGGACGGAGUGUGUGAGCACGGCGUGUGGAUGAAGCAGAGCUGAGGGGACUUCACUGGGUCACCACUGGCUCCUCCAGAACACGUAGCCUACAUACACACACACUGUACACACACACACGCGCACUCUCGCGCACACGCAGGCACACUCUCGCGCACACGCAGCCAGUGCAGGAGCUUACAGGGGUCUGGUGCUGAAGGCUUUGUGUUGAAUCGCUCCGGGUGCAGUAAGGCGAGCUCACACAGCCAUGGAGGAGAACAUGGAAGAGGGACAGACACAGAAAGGGUGCUCUGAGUGCUGUAUUAAAUGCCUGAGCGGAAUUCCCUACGCCUCGCUCAUCGCCACCAUCCUGCUGUACGCCGGGGUGGCGCUCUUCUGCGGCUGCGGACAUGAAGCUCUCUCCGGCACCGUCACCAUCCUGCAGAACUACUUCGAGGUGGUGCGAUCACCAGUCGACGCCCUGGAUGUCUUUACCAUGAUCGAUAUCCUGAAGUACGUUAUCUACGGAGUGGCUGCAGCGUUUUUUGUCUACGGGAUUCUGCUGAUGGUGGAGGGUUUCUUCACCACUGGUGCCAUCCGUGACCUGUACGGAGACUUCAAAAUCACCACCUGUGGCCGCUGCGUCAGCGCCUGGUUCAUCCUGUUGACCUAUAUCUUCAUGCUGGCCUGGCUGGGGGUCACAGCUUUCACCUCCCUGCCCGUCUUCAUGUACUUCAACAUCUGGAACACCUGCCAGAACACCACUGUGUUGGAGGGAGCUAACCUGUGCUUCGACCUGCGCCAGUUUGGAAUGGUGACCACCAACGAGGUGAAGAAAGUUUGCACGGGUUCUGUGAACUUCUUGAAGAUGUGCGAGUCUAACGAGCUGGACCUGACGUUCCACUUGUUUGUGUGCGCUCUGGCGGGGGCAGGAGCAGCCGUCAUCGCCAUGGUGCACUACCUGAUGGUCCUGGCGGCGAACUGGGCCUACGUGAAGGACGCCUGCAGGAUGCAGAAAUACGAAGACAUCAAGACCAAGGAGGAGCAGGAGCUGCACGAUAUCCACUCCACCCGCUCCAAAGAGCGCCUCAACGCCUACACAUAAAUCACACACACACACUCUUACUGUACACACACACACACACACACUUACUGACACACACUGACAAAUCCCAGCAUGCCCUUCCCUUCCCUGAAGAACACACACACAAAAACACACACACAAACACGUUCACUUAUGUAAACAUGCGUAAUUUACUCUUUUAAAUUGAGUUUGAGUUGCAGGAUUAGGGAAUCAGGGUGGGCGUCGGGUGGGAUCGGGGGUGAAAUCCUUAAAUCUACACUUUUAUUUUGUUUUAUUUCUAUUUUAUUUCGCGCUUCUCUGGGUGUGACGCAGAAUGUCGGUCAGGGGGAGCGAUGAUUGGCCCCCGUGGCAGCUUCUCCGCCCACCCAAUAACCCGCCAGGAUCCACACUUUCCUUUAUUUUCACUGCAUUUUAACAUAGUCUUAAUUUUCUUUUCUUGUUUUUGGUCGUUUUCCUUCGUUCUCUUUCUCGUCCUCUACCUCCCUUUUCCGAUGUUUUUUUUCCGAGCUCUUUUCUGACACAGGCCGCACAUCCCAACAGCACACGAAAAGAGUGAUUCUUUGUGUCUUUAAACCACGUGAUUCACAUCAGGUGCCACAUUUAGCUAUUUUUACACUUCAAUUUUAUCCACAUUUACCAUUUUAUUAAAAGGAAACCUAACUGUUAAGUCAUGGAAGCCUCGAUUUGACUUUGGUUGAGUUUUUUUAUAGGUCCAAAUUGGUCUAUUAAAACGAAAGAUAACUAAAUAGCUCGCUAAAUAUUUUCUAUUUUUUAUUGUAAAGACUUUUCUAUAGCUUGGUUAGCUCCAAUAACUGUAUAUGCUUUUGGGUUAGUCUCUGGAUAUGUGAUUAACUAGCUUACUAUUAGCUAAAAUUAGCUUUACAGAAGUCCAUAGCCUAGAUAGCUAAAUUUUAGUAGUAUGAAUCAAGCAUCAAUAUUUGAUGUAAUUUUAAAAAAUACAAAAAAAUCCAUUAACUAUUCAUAGUCAUUCUUUCUAUUGGGUUAUCAAAUGGUUGCACUGUUUCUUGUCUAAUUUAACUAAAAAUAUAUAAAAUUCAGCCUUGUCUAGCUUCUGCAACCCCCUAGAAGAUAAAUGUAUUUAAUAAAUAUAUUGUUGCAAAGGUUACAAUAGUAAUACUGCAGUGUAAGCUAAUUUAAACAUUAAUAAUAAUAUAAUUGUAGAACUAAUUCUACAAAUAGAAUGGUAAAAGCCAAUGAGGAGGAGUUUUUAAUGGUCCAUUCAAUAGUAUAUAAAUAUGCAAACCCUUAAAAAUAAAGGUGCUACAAAGGUUACUUGGGGUGAUGGCAUAGAAGCAACUUACAAUGGUUUUGGCUAUUGGACCAAAUUUAACUCUUUUUUUUUUUUUUACAACAAACUAAAUGCAUUUCAAAAUGAUUUAUACCUGAUUUUUAUCCAUAUUUUACCUGCACCAAGUAUUUAACCUCUAUAAAUUGCAAUGCUCUCGACACUAUAGGAGCACAAUGCAAGGGAAUGAACUCAGAAACAUUGGGACAUAAUAACAAAGAGGAGAGAGCAUGGCAAAUUGUGCUCUCUCUGACUCCGGCUGCUGAUGCCCAAUCAGUGUCCUAAUUUAACAUUUACCAGUCUUAACAGUCAGGUUUCCCUUUAUUAUACCACGUUAAAUUUUCCAGCAUGGCUCCACCAGCCUUCAUCUUCAUACUCAAAAUUCCAAAACCAAACAGUGACCAAACUUUGUAUAAUUUUACAGGUGAACUUUUCACAACUGCCAAAACUUGGCGACUUGCAACAGCAUUAAAAAAAAAACACACAAAACACAAAAAAACAAAUGUACAGAUUCUUUUCCAGCAAAUUCUCGAUUGGUUGGGAGUGCCAGGGAUUUCAACACAGUACCUUAAAGUGACUUCUUACUGCUGUUCUACUUCUGUAGCUUGGCCUAACUCUCUGAUAACGUCUGCUAGCUGCUCUACGUCUCUGGUGAAGCUGCAGCAUCGGUGCUUCGUCUCAAACCGCUCGUUAAGCUCGUUAAAGAUCGAUACGCUCGUUAAGCUCGUUAACCUGUGAAGCGCAUUCGUAGAAUUCGCUCUCUAGAAGCUGUAGUUCUUCAGGUGGGUUUAUGGGAGAAGAGAGAUGUGAGGAGGGGGGAGGUCACCUGACAUGACUUAUGCCACCCGACUAAAGGUCACAUGACUGAGGUCACGUGACCUUUCUGAUCGACUGCCCAUUUAGGAUUUGCCUUGGAGGAACUCUGUAGAUAUCCUCAUUUUUCACAAGCCAUAGAUUCUCACGUGCAAAUAACAUUUUUACUGGUUUGUUUUUAUCAUUUUGAAUGAUUUUGCUUUUUUUUUAUUAUUUUUUUAAUUUUGCUUUAUUCUUUGUUUAGUUUUAGCCUUCACUUUUUCACUUUUUAAAUGCAAGUAAACGAGUAAACAAACGUACAAAAACGGUUGUUUUGUCACUCCUCUGCACUGUAUAUAUAUAUAUAUAUACAUAUAUAUAUAUAUAUAUAUAACUCUAUAUAAAUGUAUACAUAUAUAUUUCACAUUGGUUUCAGGUCAUAUGAGUGAAGAUUAACGAACAUAAACACGCUGAUGUUUACGUGAUACUCUUGAAAGUGACUGUCGGCGACAGAAAAUAAGACAGAAAAAAAAAUCC